AUGGCUUUGCUGAGGGCGCUGACAGCGGACAAGUCAGUCUUUUCAGCUUGUGCGGGCUUUCUGGCCAUAGUCGACGGAAUCACAGUGCUCGCUGUAGGUGUUUCAAUAACACUACUCAACUCCGAAGAAGGCUGGUCAAUCGAUGACACGGAAGACAGAGCUGCCGGGGCCGGAUAUGUAUCCCUUGAUCCAGAGACUUCGGUAUUGCCACGUAUUUCCCAUGCUGUAGCAGCGAUAGUAGAUUUGGCUCAUUGGCAGCAGUUGUUAAGCACGUCAAGCAACACCCCUAAGCACGAUCAAGAGAUCGGGGCGCUCUCGGCAUUUCAAGUGGAUGCUCUUCGAACGGAUGAGAAAGCUACGCGAUCGCGUCAUUCGUAUUUUGAAUCCUUCCAAAGAAGUGGUUAUUGGCGCAUCCAACUGGCGCGUUCAGCCGCGGAUGCAUUCAAAUGUCUGCCGGGAAGUCCAACACUCUACGAUUGCUCUUUGAUAACUCAAAGACUUGUUGAGUCAGCCCGCUGGCCUAUCUACGGUCAGAUCGAUUCAAUCACCAACGAACAUUUCUCGAAGAGGGAGAAGUUAGACGAGACCCACCCAAGAUCAGGCGCUUGGGCUCAAGAUCGGCAUACCACGGUAGCAUCCGAAGCAAAAAUUACGAGUUUACCCGACCAGCUUGGCUCUUUCGGGUGUCUCUAA